UCUCCACUCCCCGUUUAUGCGCGAGCAGAGCCGACUCCCUCCUCACGCGGUGAGAAGAGAAAAGGGGAAGAAGAAAAAGCAAGCAGGUUGUUAUGGGAGAGGAUUAAAACACGUGUGCUUAAGAGUAAAGAACAGCGACAGGUAGGAAGUGAGUUGUGUCGCUUUUAACUUGAUGGUCAGCAGUUGUUCGGGUUUUUCAUCAGCCGCUGAUGUUCUCUAAUCGGAAGGCUCCUGAAAAACACGAUCCCACCAGCUUCAUGCCCUGUCUCUUGUCAUUACCGAGUCAAGAGAGCCUGUCUCCUGUGAGCGUGCCACAUCAUUGCUGAAAUCCCUUGAUCCAGCACAACGUAAUCCCAACCCCCGGACCUCCCACAUUGCACUGCUUGGCUGGUCGGCAGCUCCACUCGCUGUGGGCCAGGAUGAAUGAUGUUCUGGAGGCCAUCUCCCCGGCGACCAGCCUCAGCGGUCCGGCCACCUGUGUCUCCAAAGUAGAGCUGCGUGUGUCUUGCAAAGCCCUGCUGGACCGAGACACGCUGAACAAGUCAGACCCGUGUGUCAUUCUCAUGGUGCAGACCAACGGGCAGUGGACAGAGCUGGACAGGACAGAAGUGAUCAAGAGCAACUUGCACCCGGUCUUCGCCAAGGUUUUCUCAUGGGACUACUACUUCGAAGAGGUUCAGAAGCUGCGAUUUGAAGUCUAUGACAUCCAUGGCACUCACAGCAUCGGGACCCGCGACGACGACUUUCUGGGUGGGGUGGAGUGCACUCUGGGCCAGAUUGUGGCCCAGAAGAGGAUGGUGAAGCCUUUGUUGCUUAAGUAUGGGAAAUACGCCGGCAAAUCCACCAUCACCGUGCAUGCUGAGGAAAUUUCUGGCAACAACGGUUAUGUGGAGCUCUCCUUCUGUGCCAAGAAGCUCGAUGACAAGGAUCUCUUCAGCAAGUCGGACCCAUUCUUGGAAAUAUACCGAAUCAAUGACGAUGAAACCGAACAGCUAGUGCACAGAACAGAAGUGAUUAAAAACAACCUGAAUCCAGUGUGGGAGCCCUUUAAAGUGUCUCUCAUAUCUCUGUGCAGCUGUGACGAGGAGCGCAAGCUCAAGUGCCUCGUGUGGGAUUAUGACUCCAGGGGGAAACACGACUUCAUUGGCGAGUUCUACGCCACAUUCAGGGAAAUGCAGAAAAUUUCCAGUGGAAAUAAGGUUACGUGGGAUUGCAUCAAUCCCAAGUACAAACAAAAGAAGAGGAACUAUAAAAACUCAGGAGUUGUCAUCCUCAGUGACCUUAAGCUCCACAGAGUGUACUCCUUCUUAGAUUACAUCAUGGGAGGAUGCCAGAUUCACUUCACGGUUGCAAUUGACUUCACAGCCUCCAAUGGAGACCCAAGGAACAGCUGCUCUUUGCACUACAUCAACCCUUACCAACCCAACGAGUACCUGAAGGCUUUGAUAGCAGUGGGGGAGAUCUGUCAAGACUAUGAUAGUGACAAAAGGUUUUCAGCUCUGGGGUUCGGAGCCAGAAUCCCUCCAAAUUAUGAGGUGUCCCAUGACUUUGCCAUUAAUUUCAACCCAGAGGAUGAUGAAUGUGAAGAGAUCCAAGGAGUGGUCGAGGCAUACCAGAACUGUCUCCCCAAGAUCCAAUUGUACGGCCCAACCAAUGUUUCUCCCAUCAUUAACAGGAUAGCAAAGCUCGCAGCCGGCGACGGCAACAUUAAAGAUGCUUCUCGGUACCACAUCCUGCUCAUCCUCACGGAUGGUGUAGUGACAGACAUGGCAGACACGCGUGAGGCUAUUGUGCGAGCCUCCUACCAGCCUCUCUCCAUAAUCAUUGUUGGUGUGGGCAAUGCAGACUUCACAGACAUGCAGAUUUUGGAUGGAGAUGAUGGCGUUCUGCGCUCACCAAAGGGCGAACCAGUCCUGAGGGAUAUUGUGCAGUUUGUGCCCUUCAGAGACUUCAAAACGGCUUCACCUGCAGCUCUGGCCAAAUGUGUUCUGGCGGAGGUGCCCAAGCAAGUAGUGGAGUACUACAGCCAUAAGGCCAUCUCCCCUAUGUGUCCUCUGAGGGAUUUACUGACCCCCGUCCUCAGCCCUCUCGCCACCACCCCUACUGAAUAACCAUCCUUCCUGCUUAUGGACCGAGCUUUGACCACAGCGGCAGUCCAGCAAACUGAAGGGGGAGAAAAGACGCAUGCCUUGCGAUCGUGGGGAUGGAGUGGAGAAGAAGAAUCGUUCUAAAUGUGUUGUUACUCCUUUAUCUCAUUUUUCACACCCAUCAAAGUGUUUACACAUGACAGUACAACAAUGGCUGGGCGAACCAAGACCCUGCAGCUUGCGGGUCUCAGCAUCAUGGGUCCUGGAGGCUUGUGUUGUUUUUACCCCACCAUUUGUUUUGCAUGCAGGCCAAAUCCUCCAGUGCUGAUCCAUCCAUCGGGUGAAGGCUUAUUAUUCCUUCCUGGCCUUAAAAGUCAACAGCUCUGUCUUUUAUGUUGCUGUUUUACAAAUGUCAUAUCUUCACAUUAUUUUGAAGAUGUGCUGUAUGCCAAAAUCCAAUUCCUUAACUGAGAAAUACCGAAGUCUAUAUAUUGUUGUCAGUGCUGCAUUCAGAACUUUACAUUGACUUUGACUUACGCACCUUCGUCUCUCGAUUGACCGUACUUUGGAUUACAAUGAGGCAACAGACAUCUGCAGAUUAGUGUAUUCUAUGUUAAUAAUCACCAAACUACCCAGUAAUUAAAAUAAUGAGACAAACGCAGCAGUGAAAAAGUCUUUGUUAACUUCUGAUGUUUCACCGUUUUAGAAGUGUUCACGUUGUACAUCUUUGGAACUACAUGAGACAUUACUUCUGCAGUAUGAUACAUUUGCUAUAGCUUGAGCUCUUUAUGCUUUUUUCAGUUACCACAGGGAGUCAACAAAUCUUUGCAAGAUAUUUUAAGCAGGAUAUGUGUUUUGGUUUUCGGCAUAUUCUCCGGACAAAGCGCAAAUAAUUUUUGGCGCCUAGAAAAGAUGAACAACAUUACCCCAUUUUUGGUCUUUUGUCAGGUGGCUAUGGUAUAAACUGUGAAAAUCUAAAUUGUUUGUUAUUGUUGUCAUCCCUGAGCCAGCCGACACAGGUAGCAUUCUUUACGUUUCUGCAGUGUUUCCUUAUUUUCUUUCAGCUGCUUUUUAUAUGCAAUAUAAUUCUUCUCGUUGUUUCAUAAAGGGUCACGGACACAUUUUAAAACCAAUGACAACACUAAGCGAUCAGUGACUCCUGUAAAACAUUUAUAUUAGAAUAUUACGAGAAAAAUCAGCGGUGAAAAUGUUCUCAGCAUAUUAUUAGUAUUAAGGGCUUUAUCAUUAAUGUGCAUUUCCAAAACAAACUUCUCUUUUCAUUUCUAAGCAUCUCUUGUCUGGUAGGAUCACUGUUUACUUGAGAUACUGCAUUGUAAAGCUUUUAUAUUGAGCUUUACAAUAUUCAUUAUAUUAAAAAAUGUACUGUCACUUACCUUGAAAAAUGCUUUCUCAGCUUUAUCAAGGGAUUAUUUCCCAAAUACACAUGCCCCCCAAAAGUAGAUGACUCGACACUUUCUUACAAAGCACUCAUAAGAGCAACAUUUUAGAGAUAGGAAUAACAAUAUAAACCCCACAAAGUCUAUCGGAGCGAAGCAAAUGUAUUACUGAAAUACACCAUUUUCUGACCUUUCCCUUGGCUUCAGACUAAGGCAUAAUAUAUUCCUUAAAUCAGAAGAUUUUAUUCAGAAAGAACGACAAAUUGUUACUCGUACCAGCAGAAGAGCAUCAAAGGCAUGAACGCUAUACUGUUGAAUUAAUCACCGUUCACAAUGCGGUAAUAACUCCAAUACUCUUUGGUUUGCUAUCGGUCAAUCUGCUGCCUCUUCUAGUAACGCCUGGGUGCUGUGUGUAUUUGCUUUGGGCGCAUUUAGCCGAUAUAAUGUAUUUGUGCUCUGAAUGAGGCUGAAGGCCUACUAAUUCAAGAGGACAUUAAAUCCAUUGAAUUUGUUGGGAGCAUAUCUACUCUUGACAGCUACUCUAGCAUACACAUGUCCACCCAAAAGCGUCAUAUAUUAAUCUGACUUUGAUUUGUCCUCUAGUGCUUCAACAGCCCUCCCCAGAUGUAGAAUAUUGACUUCUCGUGAAUGCCACUAAGCACGGCCAGCUCUGCUGUUGGCUGCUCUCUGAACUCCUCUGAAGAUCACACAUUGAGGAUUUGUAGCCGUACUCACUUUAAUGUGAAUAAUCCUGAAGGGAAUUUGGUCUCACGAUGAGUUACAGGUUGGAGUUACAAGUGAUACAAGUUAUUUAUCUCAAUUGAUAAUUAUCCUAAUAAAUUAAAAUAUUUUAACCAGAUAUAUGCUCUCCAACAAACCUUUGGUAGAUACCUAGUCUGAUUAAAUAAGAAAGGAAUCGCAGAUAUCGUGCUAAUUUGCAUGAAGUUACGAGCUGCACCAGCUUAAACGGUGUCACCCUGUACUCUUAUUAUUUGAGAUGUGAUUUAUACAAUUUCCCUCUUAUAAUGACACGUUUCAAUUAAUUAUGAAUUAAGUAUUCAUCAAUUAUCACUGUAUGCUUGUGUGCGAGAGCUAGCUGGACCUGUGCACAGUGUUACAUUUACUUACAAAAAGGAGAAAAAUUUAUUUUUAAAUGGGAGACCGUUGUUUGUAACACGGUGGUGCAACAGCAGCGAGCUGAAACGCUUGAGAGAUUAAGAGCAAAAACCAUGUGGCCGUCUUGUACUACGGAUUAAAAAAAACAUGGGAAGAAUUAACUGAGCUGUUUAUUUUCUCUUAUCUGCACUUACAACAUUGUCCGACAAAAUUAAGUCAUAAGUCAUAGGUUUUACACGACGCUGAUGUAUUUGAAAUAUGUCACAGUCUUUCUAUCUCUCUCUUUCACCCAUUCACUACCAACCAGGACAAGGUUUACAGCCCAUAACCAUGAUAUGCAACUGGUAUAAAUGCAGGCCGAGUGGGAAGGAAGCAACCCAUGCAUCAAUAUUGAGUAUUAGAUUUCUUCAAAAGGAAAAAAGGGAUCUGUUGCAUGCUUACUUUUAUUGUAAAGCUGUGCUGUUCACUCCUUUGGCUCUCAUGAUAUGCUUAUGUUGCAAGCCUACUUUUACACUAAUCGCUGUUCUUGUACUUUACGCUUGCAGUUAAGUAAAUAAAUCUCAUCAUUUAAGUGAAA